AUGGAGUUGCGCGUGUUUUUCCUCCCCUUGGUCGCUUCAACUCAACUGGUCGCCGCCGAGCUUCCCCAUCUCUCUGUCAGUGAGUUCAAACAGCAGCAGCACAAUCUCCAGCGUCUGCAUCACCUUAAACAGCAGCAGCACGCUGACAACUUGAUGUUGUCAAAUCUGGAAAUGGAUCCCAAUAUUGCCGAUCUGACGAAGCAGGCCCGAUGUGUCGAUCCUUAUCGUUCGAUACCAAUGUACGGAUGGAGAUGGUUCCAACGUAAGUUUAACAACAUCAAAGAAGCACUAGGCUGUUGGGAUAUCACCGAAGAGCAAGCGAAGAUGCGAGACACCUCAUUCGAGACUAGGCGCGCAAAGUGCAUUCGACGAGUGCUCAUUGACCGUGGUUUCUUCGGGAAGGACCAAGUGCUCAGCGAAACGCACGUCAACGACAUUCUGUGCCACGUCCUGACGGAAGCCGUCCGCAGCAAGGACCCAAGAAUUCAGUUCGCUCGUCGCGUCAAGCUAUGCAUGCGCGAAAUACUCGCUGACAUCCAGCUGAACAAUACUGUAAACAUCGAAGAUAUCCGAUUGGAAUGCAUGCAGAAGCACAAAUCUACCUCGAUGAAGCCCGACAUCCAAACCGGUCAGCUCGGUGCUGAGUUCAAUUACGGACAAGAAAUGUACAUCCAGGCAGUACGAACGGCAGACGCGGUACUCGCUGAGAUGAAUCACUGUUUGAGAUACUUCGGUCUUGUGGCAAAGGAAGCGGAUGAGUAUGAGCGGCUCGAAGAGUCAUGCAAAGGGACUCUGCAAUCGAAGCGCAGCCUGGAAACGUUAGAUGAAGACACACAGCUCGACAUCUGCAUAUUCUCGCACAGCGUCAAGGGGCGUGUCGCCAAAGAAGACAUCGAAGUGCAGUUCGAGUGUCUGAAUCAAUACCUAGAAUCGACGUCGAACUCCGACAGGAGUAAAGCGGUCCUCCUCGAUCUCUUCUGGAAUCAAACUCGACCCAUCUAUCUGGAGCAGCAAAUGUCGUGCAAAGCUCUGAGUGGCCGGCCGAAAUGGACCAAAGUCCUAAACGGUUGGAACCUUACGUGCGAAAGGCUGAGAAGCAUCAAAGCGAAACGUCAAGUUCCGGAAGUGGAAGAAGACGUAACGCCGAACUGGGAUUCCGCAGAGCUCCACACGCCGAUACCGAAUACUGAAGGUCUCCCGACCGAUGGGACGGUGAUGACGACCACUCAGCCGGAUGGCGAUCGAUUCCAAGUUCUCGAAGAGUUGAACAAGUGUAUCUUGGAUCGCAUCCGAUCCAGCACAGCGCGUACCGCUUUGAAAGAUCUGGAAAAAUCUCAUCGCCAAUGGCAGUACAAACACCAACAAUGCUGGAAUAAAUACAAAGAUCAGAGAGUACAGCAGAUCGGUGACCGGUACGUGACGAGACAGCAAGCGUGGAACAAAGUUCGCGAACCCCUCUUUCUGGACACCCCUACCGUAUCGACCCAUUGA